AUGCUAAUACAAGAUAAAUCUAAAUCUGAUUAUCUUAACCAAUCAAUUGAAAAUUCAUAUUUUAGUGAUCCAUCAACAUCAGCAAUUUUAAUGAUGCAACAUGAACACUUUGAUAUAUUUAUGGAUGAAACUGAUAGCAGUGACGAAAAUGAAGAUCCCCAAAUAAAUGAUCAAAGAAAUAGAAUAGAUAUAGCAUUACUUGAAACUCAUGAAAGAUUAUCACGAGAAUUAAAUAAAGCUACUACAAAAUUAGAGCAAAAAUAUAAAGAAGCGAACCAAAAAGCAGAAGACUUAGAAAUUUCAAAUGAUUAUUUAGUACAACAAUUAAGAGAAGCAAGUAAAAAACUUCAUCAAUCGGAAAGUUCAAAUACUAAUUUAAAAAAAAAAUUAAGAGAGACAAAUAAAAAUUAGAAAAAUUAGGAGAUUCUGUUACUAAUUUAAAGAAAUAGAUGCACAAUUAGAACAAGAAGUGAAAGAAGCAAGUCAAAAAGUGGAAGAUUCAGCAUAUUCAAAUACUUUCUUAGUACAAUUGUUAAAAGAAGCAAAUGCAAAAUUAAAACAGCAAUCAGAAAGCUCAAUUACUAGUUUAGAACAAAAAUUAAGAGAAGCAAAUCAAAAAGUAGAAGAAUCAGAAUACUUAAAAAUUAAUUUGAAUAAAGCAGAUGUAAAAUUAGAACAAAAAUUGAAUGAUGGAAAUGAUAGAAAUAUUAAUAUGGCGGCUGAAUUAGAAUCUGAAAUGAAUACGGUACCAAUUUAUGAUACCCCUGCUUAUAAUGGUGAAAAAACAUUUGGUUAUGAAACAAAGAAUUACAAAUUGAGAUUAGUUCCCAAAUUCAACGACGGUGAUUCUUAUAUGGCUGGAGUUUCUCAAAUUCUAAUUGAAACGUUGGACGCUGUUGAUCAAGUGAUUUCUAAAGGUAAUUCUAAUUGUAAUUGUAAUCGAAAUUUUAAUGAUAAUUUUAAUGGAAUUGGAAAUGUUGAUAAUUGUAGUGUUAACCCUGUUAAUAGUUUUAACGGUGUUUGA